CAAUCCCAAGCCAUCACAGCCGUUCGUGUUGGCGAUGCCCUCCCAGCGUACGUGCCGAGCGGUUAAAAAAGAACUCUCCUCAGUGAAGAUCCCCCCUAAACCGGCCCUUUGGAACGGUAGUUAACCCACUGCAACCACAACACGGCAAAACCGGACCUUUUAGAUCACUGAUGUCCAAAGAAUACCCUCACAGUGAAAUGAGAUGAAGUUUAUCACUCAUUAAGUUCCCGUAUCUUCAAUUACACCGUCACAUCAUACGCGUCAAUUGACGCCGAACGGCACCGUACAGUAGCAGCGCCAUCAGAUCUGUCCUCUCUCUCGGUAAUGUAAGCGAUGCCCGCCACAGUCAAUGACGUAGCAACCUGUCCAGAAACAGUCAACCAACGCGUCCCCUAAACAUGAGACAGCCCCAGCGCUCAUAAAGACGUCCUCGAAAAGAGCACGAACCAUAGCUCGGCAGAUGCGGAAAUGACAGGGAGCUUUCUAGAAGCGGGGAGUCAAAGGGAAUAAACUUUGCACUAGGGGUUGUUAGCUGCUACAUCUCAGGGGAUUUUUAAACAAUCAACUGCCGCUACAGGCGGGCGCUGCAGGUUGAGGCUUAAUGCUCUGCAGGGCGGCAGCGGCUCAUACGUUUUUUUGUUUUGUUUAAUAUUGCGAUGCGCCGAAAUUGUUCAAAAGCUUAUUAGAGUAGGAUUGUAAUGCAACGUUAAUAACGACAAACAUAUAUAUAUAACCGCUGCUUACCCCCCGAUCAAUUAACCGGUCAUCACUCUCACUCAUUUCAUUUCUUACGCUCUUUUUCUUCUCGGUAAAAUAACAUUCCGUGCAACUAUGCCGUCCCUCAAAGCCAUCUCGGCCUCGCUUGUAGGCCUGCUGAGCCUUGGAAGCGCCAGCGUCAUUCCCCCUGUUAACAGUGAGGGGUAUUUGGUUGCCUCGACCUACUUUGCGGGGUUCCACGCCAAUAGGGGAUUUCCUGUCUCGGCUAUGCCCUGGAACAAGUACACUGAUGUGAAAUAUGCUUUUGCUGAGACUUCGCCUGAUGGAACACUUGAUGUUUCCAAGUCGCAGCCUGAGAACAUUCCUUGCUUCGUCAAGGAUGCCAAGAAGCACAACGUCAAGCCUCUCAUCUCAAUUGGUGGCUGGACCGGAAGCCGACACUUCUCCACCAACAUCGGCUCCGCCAAGAACCGCACUGCUUUCGCCAAGAAAGUCAUCAACUUUGUUGACAAGUAUGGCUUCGAAGGCUUCGACAUUGACUGGGAGUAUCCCAACCGCCAGGGUCUCGGAUGUAACGAUAUCAACGAGAACGACACUGCCAACCUUCUCGAGUUCUUCAAGGAGAUUCGCAAGGACCCUAAGGGCAAGGAUUUUUACAUCACUGCCGCUGGAUCUGUCUUCCCCUGGAACGAUAAGACUGGUGUCGCCUCCAAGGAUGUCAGUGGCUUUGCUGAGGUUAUCAACUACAUCAUGCUCAUGAACUACGACUACUACGGUGCCUGGUCCGCCGUCGCCGGCCCCAACUCUCCCCUCUACCGCAAGUGCGAUGCCCGCAACGACCAGGGCGCCGCCGAGAACUCCAUCGCCCAGUGGACCGGCGCCGGCAUGCCCGCCUCCCAGCUCGUCCUCGGCGCUCCCAACUACGGCCAUGGCUUCAAGGUCAACAGCACCUCUGCCUUCGGCAAGGGCAAGAACCACAAGCUCCAGCUGUAUCCCGCUCAGAACUCUACCGAUCGCUUCCAGGGAAGCAGCUGGGACAACGAUCCUCUCGUCGAUGCUUGCGGUAACCCCAACCCUCCUGGAGGCACCUAUCCUUUCUGGAGCUUGAUCAAGGAGGCCAAGUUCCUCGAUACCAAGGGAAACCCUGCUCCUGGUAUUGCUUCUGCUUGGGACAACUGCAGUCAGACACCUGUUCUUUAUGAUGCCAAGCGUGAGAUCUAUGUCAGCUACGACAACGCUGCUUCUUUCUACGACAAGGGCAAGUUCGUUCUCAAGAACAAGCUCGCUGGAUUCGGUACCUACGAGGCCGGUGGUGACUACAACAACAUCCUCAUCGACUCCAUCCGAUCUGCUGUUGGUCUGCACUAAACUGCAGUGUACGAUGAGCCUUGGGCUUUGACCUUGGUGUGGAUUUUAGAUUGAUGGAUUGGCUUUGCUGGUCUUGUUAACACAUGCUUAGAGAAUCUCCUAGCUUAAUGAAACCCUUUCACUUCUUGUAAACCAAAUACAUUUGUGAAUAUGAAUACUCUGAGAGUCAUCGGGUGCUAAUGUAGACUAAAACCAUCAAUAAAAAUAAUGCGCGUUGUAAAUAAC